AUGUGCAGGUACACAAUAACAAUACUUGAGUGCGGCCACAAACAGAAUGAUCAUGUCGACACAUACAACUGCCCCUACUUCGAAAGAACUAGCGUCAGCUGUGACCGUGAGAACCCUAAAACAAAAGACCGCUGCACGAUAAAAACCUGGAAUGAGAACGGAAUCUGCAGUAGAUGUCUCCGCGAAAACGAAGAAGCCGCUAUGCGCCGCGACCUGGAGAGGGAGAGAGAAUUCAAACGCAGGGAAGCCGCAGAAAACGAGGAGGCUCUGCGACGUGGUGAGAGAGAACUCCUAGAGAAGAACCGCAGGCUAGCAGAUGAAAAAUGGCGGGCCGAGAAAGAGGCCGAGGAACAAGCCAGGGAGAGAAGUCGUAGAGAACAGGAGAAGAAGAAGGCAGCAGAGGAAAAGCGGCGGGCUGAGAGGGAAGCUGAAGAACGAGCCAGAGAGAGAAGCCGAAGAGAACACGAAAAGAAGAUGGCAGCAGAGGAGGCACGCACAAGAGAAGUCGAAAGGCAGAGUAAAGCAGAAUACGAAAGACAACUGCAAGAAAGGCUGGACCAGGACAUGCAGAUCAUGAUUCAAAAGUCCUUGGACGAAGCCGCACGGAAGAAGAAAGAGGAGGAGGAAGAAAUGCAGAGAGCAUUGAGAGAGUCUGCAAGAUUGGAACAUAUGGAGAGGAAAUACCAAGAAGACGCAGUAGGUUCAGGCAUUGAAGAUUGGAAGCAGCAUCUACUAACCUCACUCCUUCCACAGAUCCGAUCUACCAGAACAGACGUCCCAAUAAGGACAGCUGCGCCGCCCUCACCACCCGCCACUCCACCUAUGAAGAGCAUGCCACCACCACCACCUCCAGCUCCAGCUCCAGUUCCCAAGCCCGCAGUCGCCAAAUCUGCUCCCCGUCCCCCACCAGCACCCAAGCCCGCUACGGUAUCCAGGGAAACAAACUACGCCCUCCCUCCCGUCGGCGAACAGAAGAUUGGCCGCUUCAAACUAGGUGGCCGCAGCGUGCCUAUUCACGAAUCCCAAGAUAUCCCCGACACACCCACAACUUCGGGCAUACCCAUGUCACCUUCAAGUCCAGCGCCAUUUGCGCGUCUAGGUGGUGCAAUUGCGCCGUCUGAUAUGCCCAUCAUGCGAGAGCUCAAGGGUCAGGUUCCGCCCGUUGUACCAGCAGCUAUGGAUUCAAAGGCGGGACUGAGGAAGACAGGUGGACCAAGAAAAGUGCCUCCACCGGUGCCGGAACGCAUGGGUGUGGAUCCCAAACUUGCAGCUCUGCUAGCGAAGCAGAGGGCUUGGGAGCCCGAGGACGACGACGAGAUGGGUGCAAAGACUGUCACGCCGCCUGAGUCUCCGUCGGGUAUUCAAGCACGUAGGUUAAGUCCGGUGGAAUUCGACAUUAAGCGCAAGUCGGGCUGGAAGAAGGAAGAGGAUUAA